AUGAAGACGUACACGAAAUUCCUCGUCGCCUUGACCUGGACGACUUCCUUCUCCGCCUAUGUUAACGGGUGGCCAACGCAUGACGAGAUCGUCCAGUCCACUCAGGAACGCGCCACCGCUGACUCUAUCGAUCUCGACGCGAUACCUAGCUUCAACCUCAGUUCCGCUCUUGACAGCAUCGCGUCAACAUACCUCGAUGGCCAGGCGCAAGAAAUGACACAGCGCAAUAGCUCGAAUGCCACCACAAUCAUCGAUGUUCAUGCGCAUUGCGUCCCUGACUGGUAUCGCGCAAUCGCACCAACAGCCGGCGGGAACCCGACACCGUUUUGGAACGUCAGCGGGCAUCUCAACUUCAUGGCGAGCCAAGGCAUCUCGCACGCAGUCGUGGCAUUCUCGCCCGGCGCGAACGUGUAUCCUGGCAGUCGAGAAGCGACCAUCGCGCUUGCUCGCCUGAUCAAUGAGCAGUCCGCAGCCUAUGCGCGAGUCUACCCCAACCACUUCUCGUUCUACGCCGUUGUACCGCUCCCAUAUACCCAGGAUGCAAUCGCUGAAGCCAUGUACGCUCUCGACACGCUUGAAGCCGCAGGUAUCGCGCUCUACUCCAAUUUCGAAGGUCGAUACCUUGGCGACUCUGCCUUCACGCCCUUCUUCCAAGCCAUGGACGCGCGCGGGGCCGACCAGAUCAUCUACAUCCAUCCCACGACCCCGUACUUGCGCAUCAACGGCUCACUCAUCGAAGCAAACCCAACGACAUACCCGACCGGCAACAUCGAGUUCUACUUCGAAACCGCGCGCGUACUCCAAGAUCUCGCCGUCACGCAGACAAUCCUCAACUUCACCAACAUCAACUACAUUAUCCCACACGUCGGCGGCGCAUUCCCGUCUGUCGCAGACCGCCUGUUGAAGUCGUUUCCCGCGAUCUACGACCGCACCCUGGCCGCUUUGCAGACGCGCUUCUUCUGGGAUUCCGCGGGCCCGACGUACUUCCACCAAGUUGGUGGUCUUCUCGCGUACGACAUACCGGCUUCGCAGCUCUUGUUUGGGACAGAUUACCCGUACGCGCCGAUAUUCACGUAUGCGCCUUCGCUAGUAGGUAUUAAGAUGUCGCGUUUCGUGGACGACUUCGAGCGUGAAAGAAUCUUCUUUAGAAAUGCGCAAGAGCUUUUUCGCGAUCGUAUUGCUUUGUAA